UAUGUCUGACAGCGCCUUGUUUGAAAGACGAUGAUUUGGAAAAAGUUGCAAACAUAUAAUUAUCCUGAGCAAAUGAGGGCACAACUUAGCACAAAUGUGCUGGUGUGUCCGAAGUUAUAAUUAUCCUUACAUAUAAGUUUGAUGGAAUCAUCAUUUAAAGAUGAAAACACUCAUGGCAUAGUGUUGAUAAGGGGUGGCUGUCACUUUCCAAAGUCGUGUUGAAACGUGCUGUUGCUAUUAUUUUAGAUUUUAGGUUGAUUUGAUUUACGUUCUCUCACCAGCGUCAUCAUGGCAUCCGUAAGCGAUGCUAGUGUUAGCAGUGCCCAUAUAUUCCGUGGAUCUGAGUAUAUUGUGACUCUCGAAAGCCAAGCAGGUGCUGUUUUGGUUGAAGUUGAAGAUAAGUUGUCAGCAGAUCAAUGGCGAGCAACAUUUGACUCCGCCUAUAUUGAGGAUCUCACACAUAAGACUGGGAAUUUCAAACAGUUUAGUGUCUUUAUCAGCAUGCUUGAAUCAGCUAUCUCACAGACCAGUGACAGUGUAUCUCUGGACCUGCUGACCUAUGCUGACCUGGAGUCUCUCCGACAGAAGAAGACAGGCAGCAACGUCAAGUCCUCCAUACCCGCACCAAGAGCCUCUGUCCUCAACUCAAAACGCUACCUCAUUCUCACAUACACUGUAGAAUUUGACAGGAUCCACUACCCAUUGCCUCUGCCCUAUGUGGGGAAGCCAGACCCUCGUCAGCUGCAGGAGACCAUCAGGAAACUCAAGGGGGAAAUCAAGGUCAUGCGGCAUCAGGGAAUCUCAGAAACCAAAAUGAGAGAAAAUGAAAGACUUCAUAAAGAGAACUCCCGUCUACAGAAAGACAAAGAAUCACUAGAGGCUGAUUUCCUUCAGUACCGCCGUGAACUGAAGAGUACAUCAGCAGGGAGUGCUGCGAAUGACGUGAGAAUGUUGAAGACUCUGGUGAAGAAUCUGGAGGAAGACUUGAUGAAGGAGAAGUCCAAGCAUCAGAGACUGGCAAGCAAGCGGGGCCAGGAGUACAGGGAACUUCUAGAGGAGGUUGAGGAACUUAGAGCCUCUGAGAGAAACCUCCGAGUUCGAGUCAAAAGUUUAACAAAUGAGUUAGCUCUUUACAAGCGUGAUCGUGCAAGAGGAACACAGAGGACAUCCCGUCCCUCCACACGAGAACGGUCAUCUUCCUACGAUCGAUACACACGAGAGCGGUCAUUGUCCAAUGACCGGUCCUACAACAGAGACAGGACGUACUCACAAGACAGACUGUUCGGCCGGCCUCGUUCCUCCUCCAGGGAGAGGCCAUCCACCGCUCCAAACAGAAGCAGCCUCAGUGACAGAUCCCCAUCGACUAGAAAGAGUUAUGUCCACACCAGGAGCCGAACACCAUCUCCAGCAGGUGCACGCAACCCUCGCUUUGACCCCACAGCGUACAUCAAGGAAAAACAGCGAUUAAAGAGGGAAUCUCACUUGAAAAAGAAGAGGCGAACAAGUGCUAACAUAUCUCGGACGUCCAACCGAUCCACUGGUCCUUCGCCUGGCCGCACAAACACAAGUAGGCUUUCAGCUCAAAGUCGCAACAGAUCAAGGAAUUCAUCCUUGGGCAGUCAAGGAGACCUGAGUGAUGGUGGGAUGUCAGAUUCCUCCUAUAGAGGGCUGAGGAACUACAACAAUAAUUCCAAACAAAAGAGAACUUCGUUCCAAACCAGUCCUGGUGUGCCAAGAAAGGAUACAAGGAGAGCACCAGUCAAUCAAAAAAAGAAAAUAUUGGCCAGUACCCCUGACUCGGAGUCUGGGCGGAAGAGAGCUGUGAGGAACAAGGAGAACUACCCUGACAGUGAUGAUGAGAGCGAGUAUUUUGACAGAUCAGCUGAGAUCUGUGACAUUGACGAACGAUUAAACAGGCUCCAGCAGCUGAUGAAGGCCAGCCUCUCAUGAUGCCAGAUGUUAUAGUUGACCCAGGUCUAGUUCAUGUUCCCAAGUUCCAAACUGUCUAAAGUGUUCUGUACAUUCCUGUGUUACCAAGUGUUAAGAAUCUACAAGUAUCAUUGUGAAGUCAAUAAAUAUAAUGAAGUCAGAAUUAUUAUCCAUUGAAAUUACUUUGUUGGAUGAUUGUUUUUAGGAGUGUCAUUGAAAUUUUAACAUGAGUAACAGCAUGUUCAACUCUCGUCCUGAUUCAGCCAUUUAAGUUUUAACUUAAGUUUUUAAUUUAAGUUUACACUUGUUAAAAUGUUUUACAUGAUAUUGUAACACCUUAAAACACAAGUUGUAUUGAUCUAAAGUCACCACUAACAGUCAUCUUAUUAUACAGGAAUAAUGUACCACUGCCAGUUUCAUGAGAGUACAUGUGCACUGGUGUAACAGUCAUGAUGAACAAGUGAAUACAGUAUUAUUGAAUUAGUAAUGUACAUACAGUUUAGUCUGUGACAUAUUUAUGAUGGUGGUUGCUCAUUUGUAUAUAACUGUUUCUGUAUAACUCUGUAUUUAACCCGCGUGCUGCUCAUGGCAUUCUCAUGUAUGGAUAUUGAGUGUAUGUAUCGAUCUUAGGAAGAUCUUUUACUCUGGUACACUUCCUUUGCUGCAAAUGAACAUUCAGCAUAGCAGCAAUGUUAAGUAACAACAAACAUAUAGCUGCAUGUUGGUGAGUAUUCUGUAUACAGUGUAUUUAAUGGACAACUGAAUGCCCUGCACUAAGCAAAAUUAGUUCCUAUCCUGAAAAUUUCCAAUGUCCAACACAGAGAAAUAUUUUUGGAAGCACAAGACUACUCCAGAUGAGAGAAAACUGUAAUCCACUGUGCUGCCAUGAACAAGAUAUCAUCAGUGAGAAGCUCAAGGAUGCUGACAUGGGAGUUCUAGUAUUUCAUGUUUUCGCAACUAGAGGUCUCCUGUCACUAAUGUGCGAGAAGGAAUGUAGUCAGAAGCAGGUUAUUGAAUCAUGGGAGCAAUUUGUACAGUGUAAAUACAACAUUAAAUAAAUUAAGAUA